GUGCAGAUCAGCGAGUUCCUGCGGGCUGCGCCGGUGCGGUUAAUUUUAGCCGGGGGUUUGUUCUAUGAGUUGUAAAACUGUUUACCCGAGUAGAAGUUAGUAAGCUGAAAUGUGACUUCUCGGCCAGUGUGAGAGAAGCCUACUUUAGACUCAGACUGUGUUGGCGAUCCGGAGAACGGUCUCUGAAGGAUUGCAGUUCCCAUCUCCUUUGAAAGUUCUUGAGGAGCCCUCACAGCUUCCCCAGAUCAGGAGGGAAAAUAUGGAAUGUGUUUUACCGCUGACUGAACACAACCCAAUGAACUGUCCUGACAGUAGCUUGAAAACCAGCAGUUAGCAGUUUGUGCAGCCCCAACAUCACCCGGCACUUUCCAGAGCAGAUUCACUGUUUACAGAAACUCUCAGCCUCACGCCCCGUAGAACCUCAGGCUCGGCCGAUUUUAGAGAUUUCCGCACAAGAAAAGCACCCAGCGCCCCGCGUCCACAAUGGCGAUGGACGAGUACCUGUGGAUGGUCAUCUUGGGUUUUAUCAUAGCUUUUAUCUUGGCAUUUUCUGUGGGUGCCAAUGACGUUGCCAAUUCGUUUGGUACCGCCGUGGGCUCGGGCGUGGUGACCUUGAGGCAGGCCUGUAUCCUGGCUUCCAUCUUCGAAACCACCGGCUCGGUGUUGCUGGGGGCCAAAGUCGGAGAGACCAUCCGGAAGGGCAUCAUCGAUGUGAACCUGUACAACAACACCGUGGAGACGCUCAUGGCCGGGGAGGUCAGUGCCAUGGUUGGCUCAGCUGUCUGGCAGCUCAUCGCAUCCUUCCUGAGGCUCCCAAUCUCGGGGACUCACUGUAUCGUCGGGGCCACCAUAGGGUUCUCCCUCGUCGCAAUUGGUACCCAAGGUGUGCAGUGGAUGGAGCUGGUCAAGAUCGUUGCUUCUUGGUUUAUAUCUCCACUGUUGUCUGGUUUCAUGUCUGGCGUGCUGUUUGUACUGAUCAGAAUGUUCAUCUUAAAAAAGGAGGACCCCGUUCCCAACGGCCUCCGGGCGCUUCCCGUAUUCUACGCCGCCACCAUCGCCAUCAAUGUCUUCUCCAUCAUGUACACCGGAGCCCCAGUGAUGGGCCUGGUCCUCCCCAUGUGGGCGAUUGCCCUCAUCUCCUUCGGGGUCGCGCUGCUAUUUGCCCUCUUCGUGUGGCUCUUUGUGUGUCCGUGGAUGCGGAGGAAGAUAACAGGCAAAUUACAAAAAGAAGGUGCUUUAUCGAGAGCCUCUGAUGAAAGUCUCAAUAAAAUUCAGGAAGUGGAGUCUCCAGUAUUUAAAGAGCUGCCAGGUGCCAAGGCUCACGACGACAGCACUGUCCCCCUCACGGGCUCAGCUGCGGAGCCCUCAGGGACCUCAGAAAGCAUGUCAGGGGGUCACCACCCCCGGGCCCCAUAUGGCCGGGCACUGUCCAUGACGCACGGCACCACCAAGUCGCCUGUGUCCAACGGGACCUUCGGCUUCGACGGCACGGCGCGGGCCGAUGGCCACGUGUACCACACGGUGCACAAGGACUCGGGGCUCUACAAGGACCUGCUACACCGCAUCCGCGAUGAGCGGCCGGCCGACGGGGCCCCGCGGCAGCUGCGGCGCAACAACAGCUACACGUGCUACACGGCGGCCAUCUGUGGGCUGCCCGGCCUGGCCACACGCCGCGGCGACACGCCCGCGCCCGAGGACAGCGAGAAGCUGGUGGCCGACGCCGUGGCCUACUCGCGCCGCCGGCUGCGCUACGACAGCUACUCCAGCUACUGCAACGCCGUGGCCGAGGCGGAGAUCGAGGCCGAGGAGGGCGGCGUCGAGGUCCGGCUGGCGCCCCCACUGGCCGAGCCCGAGCCGCCGCGCGACGACCCGGUGGACGAGGAGAAGGAGGAGAAGGACUCCGCCGAGGUGCACCUACUUUUCCACUUCCUGCAGGUCCUCACCGCCUGCUUCGGCUCCUUCGCGCACGGAGGAAACGACGUGAGUAAUGCCAUCGGGCCCCUGGUGGCUCUGUGGCUGAUUUAUGAACAAGGUGCGGUCCUACAAGAAGCCGCGACUCCCGUCUGGCUGCUGUUUUAUGGAGGGGUUGGAAUUUGUACGGGCCUCUGGGUGUGGGGGAGACGAGUGAUCCAGACCAUGGGGAAAGACCUCACCCCCAUCACGCCGUCCAGCGGCUUCACCAUCGAGCUGGCCUCGGCCUUCACCGUGGUCAUCGCCUCCAACAUCGGGCUGCCAGUCAGCACCACGCACUGCAAGGUGGGCUCGGUGGUGGCGGUGGGCUGGAUCCGCUCGCGGAAGGCCGUGGACUGGCGCCUCUUCCGCAACAUCUUCGUGGCCUGGUUCGUGACGGUGCCCGUGGCCGGGCUGUUCAGUGCUGCUAUCAUGGCUCUCCUCAUACACGGGAUCCUUCCGUUCGUGUGAUCGCUCCUCGGCGGCCAGCAAACGAGGGAUGGUCCGGGGCGUGUGCGUGGGUGGUGUGGGCUCACAAGCACACGCCGUGCCCACGCACGGGCUGUCCCCUGGCCAGCGCCUCCACGCCCCUCUCAGAUGUUCCAGACCACACUGUCCACCUAGGCGUAGAGUCAUCGUCCAGAGCUAACUACUGUACAUAAUACUGUGCGUUCAACUGGUAUCGUGGUGACAUAACAUGGUGCGGUUACUUAUAUAUUAAAUAUAUAUUGUAUACAUAGAAUAAUAGCUAGUAUUAUUUCAGACAUGCUCGAGAUGGGAGUGGAGCUACCUGCCUAGAUUUCAAUAUUCAACAAAUCUUUGUACAUACCGAUUUCGGCGGCAGAUUUUAAGAACUUUUUAAAAGGAAAGUGUAGAUUGGAAGACGGUGUUUUUUUCCCCGUUUAAUAUACUGUAAUGUAAGUGAGACACAGGAUGAAGGAGGCCUGUUUGGGAAGGUGUCCGUGUGCUGUUGACUCAUACUGGAACAGGAGUUCACAAGUGCUUUCACUGAAGAAUUUGUUCAUAUACUGUGUAUUGAUUAUGUAAUAUAUCAUGAAUUGCUUCUGUAAAUACUUAAAACUGUAAUUUUUUAAUGGUGUGCUCCCCUUAUACUUUUUUGAUCAGAGAAUUUUGGAAAGUACCAAAGAAGCAGCGGAAUAGUUUGCCAGUAUUAUAUUUUCAUACUGUUUGUGCCCCCCCCCCCGGCCCCCACUUUCUCACUAAUCCCAGCAUUAACCCUGGGGGCGGCGAGACCACCACCUGGAGCAGGGUGUAUGGUGCGAUGCCAGCCCCCACCAUGGGCACGUCCCCCUUCCGGCCCCCCACUGCGGCCCGUGCCAGAUCCUGGCCCCUCGACAGUGUCAGCGUAGAGGAGGUACCGACGCGAGGACGCCUGAGCGAGCACUACACGUCAAGUCCAGGUUAAACUCCCGCCCCCUCCUCCCCUGCAGCCUGAAGAAUGGGGCUCUGACCUCAGUCAUGAGGCAAGUGCUCUGGCCUUCUAGAAAUUCGGGAGUGGGGAGGGUUGGCCUGUUAGGCAAUACACUGGACUUGAGGACUGCCUUGAGGAGGCGGAGCAUCCUUCACGGAGCGGAGCAUCCCUGGUUGCUCUGCUGUGGUCCCCACUGGAGUCCUCUUUUUUUUUUGAUAGCGGGAGGAAGUACGACUAAUGCAAGAGCCUGAAACUAUGGAAAUGCUGCUAAACUUUUAUAUUGACAAACACUUUCUCGGUACUUCAUUGUGAUUUUUCAUUAAUCAACCAUAUUAAAUUUAUAAUUAAAAAUGCCCCUCAAAA